AGCAAAACUCAUCUUCUCUAGCACAGCCGACCACCACCGUGCCGCCUCUAACCGAGCCGCCGCCACAUCAUCCAAAUCCAGUCUCCGCCCAGCCCCACACGAAUUCCCUAGAUAGUGGAAAUUGAGAAUCUGCAUUAUCAGGGUUGCUGCGAUUAAUCUCUCUCUUAAUUAUCUCUUAAGUUAUUCUGGCCAUGGAGUUGUACCGCAAUUACGAAAUAGCUCGAGUAGCGGAGUUCGUUUGUAGUGGUGGUUUCACUAGAGUAGCUCUGCAGUUCCCGGAUGAGCUACUCAAGGAUUCUAUGAAGGUGGUUAGAGCUCUGCGCCAGGAGCUCGAUUCAUCAGUGAAGUUGUAUGUAAUGGCUGACACUACUUACGGAAGCUGCUGUGUCGAUGAAGUUGGGGCCGCGCAUGUUGGUGCUGAAUGCGUCAUUCAUUAUGGCCAUACUUGCCUCAGCUCGACAUCAACUAUUCCUGCGUUAUUCAUUUUUGAUAAAGCUUCGAUCAGUCCAUCAGAUUGUGCAAGGAGUUUGCUUGAUCAUGGCCUGAAAAGUGGCAAGCCCAUUUUGGUUCUAAGUGGACUGGAGUAUGCACAUGCAAUACCAGAAAUUAAAAAAAUGGUGGCGUCUGAUGUUUCAAGCAUAUCUGGAUCCACAUCCAUGUUAGAACUCCUUUAUGCUGAUGUAUGCUGUUCGGUAGUUACCCCAUCUGAGACCUGUACAUCUGCAAACCAAAUUGGAGCUGGUAGCCAAGUUGUACAAGAAUGCCCUGCUGAUGAAUCUGGCCAAAGUUAUAAUAUAGGAGGUUUGAGCUGGAAGAUUCCUCAAGGACAGAAAAUGGAGGAUUAUUUGGUUUUCUGGAUUGGUUCAGACGGUCCAGCAUUUGCAAAUGUUGUAUUGACUUUCAAUAACUGUGAAAUCGUCAGAUAUUAUGCAACAGAAGGUGGCUUGGUGACUGAUGUAUCUCAAUCAAAAAAAAUCCUUCGGCGUAGGUAUUAUCUGGUUGAGAAAGCGAAGGAUGCCAACAUGAUUGGAAUAUUGGUUGGAACACUUGGAGCAGCUGGUUAUCUACAUAUGAUUCAUCAAAUGCGGGAUUUGAUAACACAAGCUGGAAAAAAGUCUUAUACUUUUGUAAUGGGCAGACCAAAUCCUGCAAAAUUGGCCAAUUUUCCUGAGUGUGACGUCUUCAUUAAUAUCUCUUGUGCACAAACAGCUCUGUUGGAUAGUAAGGAGUUCUUAGCUCCUAUAAUUACUCCGUUUGAAGCCAUACUUGCUUUUGACAGGGGAAGUCAAUGGACCGGAGCGUACGUAAUGGAAUUCAGAGAUUUGAUAGCUUCAACUCCGGUAGAAAGGGAACAAUCUAAGGAAGCACGGUUUUCUUUCAUCCAGGGUGGUUAUGUUGAAGAUUUGGAUCAGCAAGAUGAUGAUGAGGUAGAGAAGGAUGAAAUCCUCUCUCUGGUGAACGUCACGGAGAAAGCUUUGCAAGUGCGAGAUGAAGAAUCCCGGUCAGUCAUGAAGAAUACGGCCAAGUCAGGGGCUGAAUAUUUUGCCAGCAGGUCAUAUCACGGUCUAGAUAUAAACAGCACGGAUUUGCUCCCGGGGAAAUUUUUGGCUGGGAGAAGUGGUAAGGCUUCGGGAUACAAUGACGAGAAGGCAGAGAUAUCUCGAUCCUAAUAUGUAUUUCAAGUGAAAAAUGCUAUGCUCGUUUUUUUACCAUAGGACAGGUAAAGCUCAUCUGCUCGAUAGAUAUUAGUGUUGCUCGAUAGGUAAGCUCCCCAUAUCGCUAGGAGGGCCUAAUUUCCCUUCGGGUUAGCCUAGACCUCGGGCCGCCCCCCUAUCUGCAGUUUUGUUGAAGAAGUUGUAUACCGAUGUCUUUUUUUAGAUUUUUUUUUUUGAACUUUUGUUGUGAAAUUCCAAUUUUAGCUGAGCCUUACAUUA